AUGGCCUCCAAGUCUGGUGAUUAUGACGCCGUCCGCGAGGACAUCAAGAAACUGCUCAAGCAGCCCGAGUACGACGAUGGCUCCGCCGGCCCUGUCCUCGUGCGCCUCGCAUGGCACUCCGCUGGCACAUACGACCUCGAGACGGACACAGGCGGCAGCAAUGGCGCCGGCAUGCGCUACGAAGCCGAAGGCGGCGACCCGGCCAACGCAGGCCUGCAGCACGCACGCGUCUUCCUCGAACCUGUCAAGGAGGCACACCCGUGGAUAACGUAUUCGGACUUGUGGACGCUGGCAGGCGUGGUGGCGAUCGAGGCAAUGGGCGGACCGGCGAUACCUUGGCAGCCCGGACGGACGGACUUCGUCGAUGACAGCAAGCUACCGCCACGCGGCCGUCUCCCCGACGCCGCUCAGGGCGCCGACCACGUGCGCCACAUCUUCUACCGCAUGGGCUUCAACGACCAGGAAAUCGUCGCCCUGUCCGGCGCCCACAACCUCGGUCGCUGCCACGCCGACCGCUCCGGCUUCGACGGCGCCUGGGUGAACAACCCGACCCGCUUCUCCAACCAGUACUUUAAGCUGCUGACCUCGGUCGAGUGGAAGGAGAAGACGCUGCCCAGUGGCAUCAAGCAGUUCGCCUACUACGACGAGGACUCGGAGGAGGAGCUGAUGAUGCUUCCCACCGACAUCGCCCUGCUGCACGACCCCGGCUUCCGCCCCUGGGUCGACAAGUACUCCAAGGACCGCGACGCCUUCUUCGCCGACUUCACCAACGUCUUCCACAAGCUCCUCGAGCUCGGCAUUGUCCGCGACGAGUCCGGCGCUGUCCUCAACACCGACAACGUCAAGGGCGGCUACAUCUCCGCCCCGAGGAAGAGCCACCUGCCCGGCGCCCCUGCCAAGUCCAACGACGACGCCGAGCCGCUAAGAAAGGAGAACGAGCGGUAUAGGGCCAGGCUGUAA